UACCGCGUCCACAGCCAUCCGGCAAGAUGGUCCCCUUGCUUUGUCUCCCCUGACCGGAGUUGUUUCUAUAUUCUCAGGCUAUUCUCGCUUCCGCACCAUCGAAAACCUACGAAUUGGAUUGAACCUAGCCACUCAUACCAACAACUAUACGAGUAUCCCCGAGUGAAGAAAUGACCACGGUAAAAAGCAGGUAAAAUGAGUCUGGCAUCUUCUGAAUCACAUCAAGACCAAAUGUCAGAAAAAGCAGAGGAGCCUGGUAGCUCAACAGAAACUAUGAAGCCUUCCUCUUCUCGCAACAGGAGGAAGCCCACUUCUGUGGCUAAGAACACUGGAGCAAAAGUAUCCGACUCGUCAGCUGAGAGUGAAAAUGAAGGUGCAACUUCUGACAAUCCUUCAGACAAUAACACAAGCAGCGCUUCUAAAGGCACUUUAGUGAUGAGACCAUCUGGGAAUGAAAAUAAAGGCGCCAUGAAGCUGAGAGUGGAUUUUAAACAGAAACCAACAGAUGAUACGUUGCAGAAGAAGAUAAACUGCACUGCCUGUGGAAAACAAGUAAUGCAGUUGCAGCGUAACGCGGUGUACGAGCAUCCCGCGCUCAAAGUACUAAUUUGCAAGUCAUGCUACAAUUAUUACACCAGUGAUGACAUUAACAGAGACUCCGAUGGGAUGGAUGAGCAGUGCAGGUGGUGUGCUGAAGGUGGCAAGCUCAUCUGCUGUGAUUACUGCAACAACGCUUUCUGCAAGAAGUGCAUCCUGCGCAACCUGGGCAGGAAGGAGCUGUCUGUCAUUACUGAUGAGAACUCAAAGUGGCACUGCUAUGUCUGCAGGUCAGAGCCCCUCCAGGAUUUGGUCUCCAAAUGCCACAGUGUCCUUGAAAAACAAGAACUUCAAUCCAAGCAACGUAAACCAGACAAAAGCGAGGAACGUGAGAAAAAGAGACACAAGAAUAAAGAAGUCAAGGAGCACAAGCCGGUUGUCAAUGGGAAAGAACACAGCGAAGGCUCAGGGUCCAUGACUUUCUCCUACAAAAAACUGCAGGUACCCAAAGAACUUUUAAAGAAAACAAAAAAGCUUGUUGAGACUACAACAGGUCUGAACAAUACGUUCAUCCAGUUCAUCCAGCAGGCAGCCAACGAGCAGGAAGAUAAGUCUAUCAGAUACCGGCAUUUGAAAGCCUUCAAGGCCGUGCUUGCUGAUUUAAAAAAAGCUCACAGUGCUUUGGAGGAGGCUUUGGGGCCUGAGUUAAAAAACAUGGAGUUGCAGAAUGGUAACGAAGGGCAGCUUAUUGAAAGAGAGCACUCUAAAGUCACUGCUUCUGUAGAAAACAACCAUGUGGAUAAUGUGGCAGACCCAACAGAGGGUGCUGACGUAAUGGAGGAUGCUGACGUAGAGGCAGAAGCAACGGAGGAUGCUGAAGUAGCGGAGACCGCUGACAUAGCUGAGGACGCUGACCUAGCUGAGGACGCUGAUGUAGAGGCGGAGGAUGAUAACGUAGCGGAGGAUGCUGACGUAGAGGCAGAGGCAACGCAGGAUGCUGAAGUAGCGGAGACCGCUGACAUAGCUGAGGACGCUGAUGUAGAAGCGGAGGAUGAUAACGUAGCGGAGGAUGAUAACGUAGCGGAGGAUGCUAACGUAGCUGCAGUGGAAGCUAACGUAGCUGCAGAGGAAGCUGACGUCGCGAUGGAUGCUGACUUGGCAGAUGAAUCUGACGAAGCAGAUGACCCUGGCGUUGCGGAUGAGGAAGAGGCUGACGUAGCCGCAGAAGAAGCCGACCUGAAGCAGCAUAAUGAGAAAGCCAUGGACAUGGAUCAAGUGUCAACUGAGACUGAACUUAAAGACAGUCAAACAGAAACUGAUCUCACCAAAAAGAAAAUUAAAACUGAAGUAUGUGAUGAAGGGCUGGUGACAGCAGGUGAAAUGUCCCUCGAUCAUGACAUCAUGUCUGUACCUCCAUCUGUUCCUGAGGAGCUUUUUCAGAUGGUGGAGAGUCUUGCGGAUUCUACCAUGCUAUCCCAGACCGGCACUGAUAUGGUCACAGACGCUGAUACAAAGUUAAAUAAGAACUCAACAAAUAAAUCCUCCCAACCCAAGGUGAAGAACCUCAUAGUCAAACUGACCCCUGUGCCUGUCGUGACGACACGUGGGUCCACGCCCUCCUGGUCCAAAAACAAAGAAAAGGAUGGACAGCUGCAAAAAAAAUCCAAAAAAGAAAGUGACAAGGAGAAAGGCGAUGCCCCUAAUGCUGUAGACGGGACAGAAAGCCCACCACCAAGCCGUCGCUCCAGUAGGUUGAAGACCACUCCAUUGAGGAAGCAGACUGAGAAAAGGGGUAAGGAAGAGUCCUCUGAUUCAGAGUUGGAGGAAGAUCGUAAGGGCAAAAGCAAGUCCUCCAAGACAUCAAGACACACCAAGAAAGAGGAUGGGGAGGAGACCAAGGAUUCAGAGAAAAGUCCAGUGGAUUCUGACUCAGACGAAGUUCCAAACAUACUGUUGGAGAAAGCAGCAGCUGGCCGCAGCACUGAUGAGGAACAGGGAAGCACAAGUGCUAAAAAGUGUUUAUUCAAACUAAACAACACAUCUACAGAAGACACAGACAAAGCAUCCAAACGCAAAAGAAAAUCUGCAAGCUCCGAUUCAGACUCUGGAAACAAAAGUAAAAAGACGUCCAAGAAGAAGAAGAAACAAAAAGGCUCGGAUAACGCCGACUCUGAUUCUGAAAAAGAGAAGGAGACGAAGAGUAAAGUGGCCUUAGGGAAGAGGAGAUCUAGCCGUGUGAAGAAACAAGACGAAGCAAAAGAAGGAAAAGGAUCAACAGAGAAAAAAGCAACUAAGCUGAAGAGGUCUUACGAAAAGAAGCGCAAGGCAGGGAGCCCAAAAGCAUCCGCCAAGCUUCAGUCGUCGUCCAGUGAAGAUGAUGAUGAGGAGGAGAAGGCUGAUGGAGACUCCGGAGAUGACAGUGACGCACAGAAGAUCAAACCCAUUGUGGAGGACAACGUGGUGGGAGGCAGUGGAGCUUUCCAACAAUCCUCGGGUGACGAAGAUGACGAUAAAGAGAAGGUCUCUCAGGUUUUCGAAGAUGACGAUGAUGAUGAUCCUGAAAACAGGAUUGCAAAGAAAAUGCUUCUUGCCCAAAUAAAGUCAAACUAUUCUUCUGGAGCGGAGAGCUCCUCUGAUGAUGAAGACGAUAAGGAAGCAAAGUCCUCGAAGAAAGCUAAAAAAGAGGAUGAUGAUGAUGAUGAUGAAGAAGAGCAGGAAGACGAGGACACAGGCGACUCUGAGGAUUCUGAUAUUGAAGUGAAGAAGCGUGGUGGACGACACAAAUUGCUUCGUCACAAACUCUCGCUGAGUGAGGGAGAAUCAGGAGAGGAGAAAGAUGGCAGUAAAGAGAAGAAAAAGGGCAAAAAGAACAAGGAGAAAGUGAGCAGCGAUGACUCUUCAGACUCGGACUUUGAGGACUCAGAGUCAAGUCAACAGUCGGGGAUAAGCGAGGAGCUUAGUGAAUCGGAGAAUGAAGGAAAACGCAGAAAGACCAGAUCUUCAAAGAAGAAGGAGGAGGCGAAACAGAGAAGUUACAAGCAGCAGAAGAAGAAGCGACGCAGGAUCAAAGUUCAGGAAUCCUCUUCCAGCAAUGAGAAGAGUGGAGAUGAAGACGCCGAAGACCGCAAAGGACGCAAAAAGCUCCGCAAAAUCCUGAAGAAUGACAAACUGCGGUCAGAGACGAGAGAUGCUCUGAAAGAAGAGGAGGAUAGGAGGAAGCGUAUAGCUGAGAGAGAAGCACUCAGGGAGAAACUUCGAGAGGUGCUUCCCCCGCAGAUUCAGCAGGACAUUUCCAAAGUGAUUGUGGCGGAGGAGUCUUCCCUGAUGGCCUGUCCCAUCACCACCAAGCUGGUGCUGGAUGAGGAUGAGGAGACCAAGGAGCCGAUUGUGCAGGUGCACAGGCACCUUGUCACAAAACUCAAACCUCAUCAGGUUGACGGGGUGCAGUUCAUGUGGGACUGUUGCUGUGAAUCUGUGAAGAAGAUCGAGAAGUCUUCUGGCUCCGGCUGCAUCCUAGCCCACUGUAUGGGUCUGGGGAAAACUCUGCAGGUGGUGACAUUACUUCACACUUUGCUGCUGUGUGAGAAGCUCGAUUUCUCCACAGCCCUGGUGGUUGCUCCCCUGAACACUGUCCUAAAUUGGCUCAAUGAGUUUGAGAAGUGGCAAGUGGGAAUGAAGGAUGAAGAGAGUUUAGAGGUGAUUGAGCUGGCCACAGUGAAGAGGCCACAGGACCGAGCAUACGCCCUUCAGCGAUGGCAGGAUAUGGGUGGCGUUAUGAUCAUUGGAUAUGAAAUGUAUCGAAACCUGACGCAGGGCAGGAACAUCAAGAGCAAGAAGCUCAAAGAGACCUUUCAGAAGACUCUGGUAGACCCAGGUCCAGACCUAGUGAUCUGUGAUGAAGGUCACAUCCUGAAGAAUGAGGCGUCUGCUGUGUCCAAAGCGAUGAACUCCAUCCGGACGAGAAGGAGGGUGGUGCUGACGGGAACGCCUCUGCAGAACAACCUCGUUGAAUACCACUGCAUGGUGAACUUCAUCAAGGAGAACCUGCUUGGUUCAGUGAAAGAGUUCAGGAACCGCUUCAUCAACCCCAUCCAGAACGGUCAGUGUGCCGACUCCACACUACAAGAUGUCCGGAUCAUGAAGAAGAGGGCUCACAUCCUCUAUGAGAUGCUGAACGGCUGUGUCCAGAGGAAAGAUUACACGGCACUCACCAAGUUCCUCCCACCCAAACACGAGUAUGUGUUGUCAGUCCGAGUGACUCCGAUCCAGUGUAAACUCUACAGAUACUACCUGGAGAACUUCACAGGUGUGGGGAAUGCUGUGGAGGGGGGCCGGGGCCGCGCCGGGACCAAACUCUUCAGUGAUUUCCAGAUGCUCAGCAGAAUCUGGACCCAUCCCUGGUGCCUUCAGCUGGACUACAUCAGUAAAGAAAACAGGGGUUUCUUUGACGAGGACAGUAUGGAGGAGUUCAUCGCUUCUGAGACGGAAGAAGAGUCCUCCAUGAGUAUGACCUCUGAGGAUGAAAAGGCAAAAAAGAAAAAGAAGCGAGGCAAGGGAAAGAAGAAAGGCUCUGAGGACUCGGACAGUGACGAGGUGGAGGUCAUCAAGGAGUGGAACACCAGCACCAGGGGCAAGAACGGAGAGGGUCGAGUCCGACCAGAACCUGUAGAAGAACCUCGGCACGCCAGCUCUCCUGACUGGCACAAGGAGUUUGUCACUGAGGCUGACGCUGAGAUCCUGGAGCACUCUGGAAAGCUGACGCUACUCUUUGAGAUCCUGCGCAUGGCAGAGGAAGUUGACGAGAAAGUGUUGGUGUUCAGUCAGUCUCUCAUCUCUCUGGACCUGAUUGAGGAUUUCCUGGAGCUGUCUUGCAGAGCUAAAGACGAAAAUAAGGUUUCUCCAUACAAAGGUGAAGGCAAGUGGUUCAGGAACAUCGACUACUAUCGCCUGGAUGGCUCCACCAACGCAUUGACCAGGAAGAAGUGGGCUGAAGACUUUAAUGACAUCAAUAACCGAAGGGGUCGUUUGUUCCUAAUUUCAACGCGAGCCGGCUCUCUCGGCAUCAACCUGGUGGGAGCCAACAGGGUCAUCAUCUUCGACGCCUCCUGGAACCCCUCCUACGACGUCCAGAGUAUCUUCAGGGUUUACCGCUUUGGCCAGAUUAGGACCGUCUAUGUGUACAGGUUCCUGGCACAGGGUACAAUGGAGGACAAGAUUUACGACCGGCAGGUAACCAAACAGUCUCUGUCGUUCCGGGUAGUGGACCAGCAACAGAUCGAGAGGCACUUCACAACCAACGAGCUGACGGAGCUCUACAUCUUCGACCCGGACAUGCUGGAAGAAUCCUCGGAGAAGAAGAGCAAGAGAGCCACGCCCUUGCUUCCUAAGGAUCCCUUCCUGGCUGAGAUGCUGCAGAAUAACAAGGACCAGAUCAUGUGUUACCAUGAACACGACUCCCUGCUGGAGCACAAGGGGGAGGAAGCCCUGAGCGAGGAGGAUCGCAAAGCUGCCUGGGCCGAGUACGAAGCAGAGAAAAAGGGUGUUUUCGUGAAGUCCAACUACCAGGUGGGAUACCCUCAGAUGGACAUGGGCGCCUCCAACUACUUCUCCUUCAACAUGGCGGCUUUGGCCUCCAUGUCCAACCAGCAGCUGGAGGACCUGAUAAACCAGGGACGCCAGAAAGUCAUCGAAGCAACAAAUUCAUUGAAGUCUAUAACACGAGAGCCGCUAGAAGACAUCAUCGGCAGAGUGUGGAAGGAGAACCCCUCCUUCAAUGAAGCUCAGGUGCAGUCCAUGGCUCUGGGCCGGCAGUCCACCGUGGAGCUGGAGUUUAAACACCGAGAGGCCGUGUACCGGGACGUCCUGACCAGGCAGCAGACGCUGAUGAUGUACGUUCAGAAGCUGAUCACCAACAGGAAGGUGCAGGAGCAGCAGCUGGCCAUGCAGAACCAGGCCAACUACCUGCAGCAGCUGGCCAUGCAGAACGGCAUGAUGGGAGGCGCUGGGCUCAGCCAGAUGGACCUGGUGGGUCUCUACCAGCAGCUCCACGGCCUGGGGGGCAUGGGCAAGAACCCGGGUCCCUCUAAGGGCCUGUAGGUCAGAGGGACGGCUCCUCACCGCCCAUCUCAGCUAGCCGGCUCCCAGGGGGCCCUUCGGAGCGGGGCCCGGGUCCCUGUUGCACACCGUGACAUCGCCACAAGCUCAGAGCAGUCGGUGCAGCAGGCGGAGGGCGGGGGAGUUUGAGGCUGCUGUCCACUGGGGCCCCGAGUGGGACCCACUCAGUUCUUUAUUCUGUAGUUCACUGAGACAUGGUGGAAUAUAAUUUAUAAGUGACUGUGUGAAAUGGGUCUGAGGAAUUUCAGCAGGAAAAAAUGUAUAUACCGCCUUAAUGUUAUUCAAGUUCUAUAUCUUCAUUUCUUUCAUGUAUUUAAUGACAAACUCAUGUUACCCCCAAUGCUUUUAAGCGUUGUGUUUUUUUCUCGAAAAGGAGGGUUCCUUAUUAUUCAAACUCAGUUUUUUUAUACUGUUUUCAAUUAAACUAAACCUGAGUGGGACCAUUGCCGUCGGUGACUCUAUUAUCUAAAGCUCUACAGGAUCAUUAGCCUCGCUAGAUUCCUUCACCAAUAUCUAGCAAAGCAGAAACUGGUGGUGCUGCCAAGUUCUGCUUUUUUUUGGGAGGCAUGAAAUUGACUAAAACCGAAAAAAAGAUGAUGGCCUUAUUAAUUUCCUACAAAAAAUGAAAAAAAAGCUCUGUAAAGAUUUGAGAUUUGUUGAGGAUCUUUUCUAUUAUGCUUUUAAGUGUUUACAUUAGUUGUUGCUGAACAUGGUAAUGGAAUGCUUGUGUUGUUAAAAACUGCCUGCCGGUUCCUAUGACCUUUUUGUAACAUCUUGCUCAUCGUCACGUGUUGUCUAGCAUAGCACUGUGCGUCCUGUUCAUUGUUUAUGUUCCACUUGUGUUGAUCCCGAGCUCGGGUGAGUGACUGGGUCUCACAAAGCACAGCCACGUCAGCCGGACAUCAGAGGGCCCAAAAUGUUUCCCUUUACUUGUUUGUCAAAGUGUUAAUUCUGUAUUUCAAAUGGAUUUGAUAAAGUAAAGAAGGAAAUGUUAAUACAGAUCUGGCUGAUGUGUUUUCUCUGCUUUGUGAGAGUUGCCUUCUGGACUCUAGUCUCACCAGGCAGGCCCUCAGGCACCCAACAUGUAUAUUACAUUGGCACAUUUUUGCUUCUAAAUGCUUAAACUGGUGUAGCUGUUAAUCAGGAGGAAUAUAUUUCUCUCAAAGACAUGUUGUCUCUAGUCGGAUCCUGUGUUUGCACAAGGUGUAUUUCAUAAAUGUAGAGAAAGUUUGUUGCCCUCCUCUAAGAAUGUUCUUAUGUUAGCAAAUACACCGACAUGAUUUACCAUGAAUUUGAUCUGCUUUUAUCUUGAUAAGUAUUUAAUAUAACAUUUAAUAAAGUGACCAAAAUGAUGAGCA